GCAUUGAUGGAGAACAGAACAAAAGUGACACACUUCAUCCUCCUCGGACUAACCAAUGCCCCAGAACUACAGGCCCCCCUCUUUAUCAUGUUCACUAUCAUUUAUCUCACCAAUGUGGUUGGGAACCUGGGAAUGAUCGCGUUGAUUCUCUUGGACUCUCGUCUCCAUACCCCCAUGUACUUUUUCCUCAGUAACCUGUCUCUGGUGGACUUUGCUUACUCCUCAGCUGUCACUCCCAAAGUCAUGGCUGGGUUACUUAUAGGCAACAAGGUCAUCUCUUACAAUGCAUGUGCUGCUCAGAUGUUCUUUUUUGUAGCCUUUGCCACUGUGGAAAAUUACCUCUUAGCAUCAAUGGCCUAUGACCGCUACGCAGCGGUGUGCAAACCCCUACAUUACACCACCACCAUGACAACAGGUGUGUGUUCACGCCUGGCUGUAGGCUCCUACAUCUGUGGUUUCCUGAAUGCCUCCUUCCAUGUUGGGGACAUAUUCAGCCUUUUCUUUUGUAAAUCUAAUCUGGUCCAUCACUUUUUCUGUGAUGUUCCAGCAGUCAUGGCUCUCUCUUGCUCAGAUACACACAGGAGUGAAGUGUUUCUUGUUUUUAUGUCAAGCUUUAAUGUCUUUUUUGCUCUUCUGGUUAUAUUGAUUUCCUACCUGUUCAUAUUUAUAACCAUCUUGAAGAUGCACUCAGCUCAAGGGCACCAGAAGGCUUUGUCUACCUGUGCUUCUCACCUCACUACAGUCUCCAUCUUCUACGGAACUGUCAUCUUUAUGUAUUUACAGCCCAGUUCCAAUCAUUCCAUGGACACAGACAAGGUGGCCUCUGUGUUCUAUUCCAUGGUCAUCCCAAUGCUGAACCCUCUGGUCUACAGCCUGAGGAACAAAGAGGUCAAGAGUGCAUUCAAGAAGGUGGUUGAGAAGGCACAUUUUUCUAUAGGAUUUGGAAUUUAA